CACGUGACAAUUCAGUCAACAAUGUCUGCGUGUAUGUACUAAAGUGUUUAUAAUUUACUGUUCUUAUGUUGAUUAAAAAAUGUGAUUAAACCCAACAAGAUCUAAUAACACGUUUGUAUUAUCAACCACUGAAAUGUUGACCAUUAAACCAAAAUUCCUCGCACCAGGAGAUAAUACAUGGCAAGAAGACAAACCAGACAUCGAUGCGCAUUCUUCGACUCAGUUUAUCUACAACGCAAAUCAGUCUUUGGCACUGACACUGCAACGUCAACGGCUCCCGAUAGCUCGGAACAAAAACCACAUAAUAUAUCUACUAGAAAAAUAUCAAUCAAUCGUCCUUGUUGGUGAAACUGGCUCUGGAAAAAGUACUCAAGUUCCUCAGUACCUCGUGGACGCGGGAUGGGGUGCGGAUGGAAAAAUGGUCGGUAUCACAGAACCUCGGAGAGUUGCAGCGACUUCGCUCGCGAAUCGAGUCGCCGACGAACGAGGCUGCCUUUUGGGAACCGAAGUAGGAUAUUCCAUAAGGUUUGACGACUGCACCGGCGCUGGGACAAAAAUCAAAUACAUGACCGAGGGAAUUCUAUUGAGGGAAAUGAUGGGAGAUCCACUGCUGACGAAAUACUGCGUCGUUAUUCUCGACGAAGUACACGAAAGAACUUUGCUCACGGACAUAAUCAUGGGACUUUUGAAAAAAAUAAUCAGGAAAAGAAAAAGUUUGAAAGUCAUUGUUUCCUCAGCUACAGUGGACGCUGAGCAACUGCGUGAUUUUCUUAACACGAACACGACCAAAGACCGCACGAGCGACACGGCUACGAUAUUGAGCGUCGAGGGAAGGUUGUACCCGGUCGAUGUUUUUUACGUUAGAGAUCCAGUCGCCGAUUAUGUCAAAGCCGUCGUUGACACCGCGUUAAAAAUUCACGAGAGCGAAGAAACCGGAGAUAUUCUCGCCUUUCUCACCGGAAUGGAAGAAGUCGAUCGCGCAGUAUCUCUUCUCAACGAACAUGCGAGACUCGUCAAAGAAGGAAAACUGCAGCUGAUAGCGCUACCGAUGUACGGUUCGUUGCCAAAUUCGGAGCAGCUCAAAGUAUUUCGCAGAGCAUCGAAAGACUCUCGGAAAGUGAUCGUCGCUACGAAUAUCGCUGAAACCUCGAUAACGAUACCGAACAUCGUGCACGUCAUCGACUGUGGAUUCGCUAAACUUCCGUGGUUCGAGGUCGAAACGCAAACGAACAGUCUCAUUAUCGCACCGGUUUCAAAAGCCUCGGCGAAUCAGAGAGCAGGCAGAGCUGGUCGCGUGCAAUCCGGACGGGCUUACAGAUUGUACACCGAGGAAGCUUACGAAAAUUUUUUCGAAUCGACUCCACCCCAGAUGCAGCGGGCUGAUCUUGCGCCUGCGAUUCUCCAGCUCAAAGCCCUCGGGAUCGAUAAUGUUUUGAGGUUUAAUUUUCCCUCAUCGCCACCCAGCAAGAAUCUUCUUGCCGGACUCGAAUUGCUCUACGCGCUUGGCGCUGUCAACGAUCGUGGUGAAUUGACAACGCCCUUGGGAAUGACCAUGGCUGAAAUGCCCCUCGAGCCUGUCCUCGCAAAAUGUCUCAUUGUUUCCGGCGAGAUGGAGUGUUCUGAGGAAAUAUCGACGAUCCUGGCGAUGCUUCAGGUCCAAAACGUUCUCGUACGACCUGGAGGCGGCCAAGCUGCAAUGAAAGCUCGAGUCGCUCAUCGCAAGUUCGAAGUCGCCGAAGGAGAUCUCUUCACACUGCUGAAUAUUUAUUCGGCUUUCGAAAAAAAUAAAACACCCGCUUGGUGUCAGCAACACUUCCUCAAUCACAAAGCCCUCAAAAGGGCGAUGGAAAUAAGAACGCAGAUGAGAGUACUGAUGAAAAAAUUGGACAUUCCCAUUCUCUCGUCAAAGGGCGACCUCGAAAGUAUACUGAAAUGUAUCUGCGCUGGACUUUUUCCGAAUGCAGCUUUUCUUCAUUACACAGGAGUUUACAAAACGGUUCGAGGCAAUCGCGAUUUAUACAUUCAUCCAAACAGCUGCUUGUACACUCUUCAGCAACCUCAAUGGAUCGUUUUCUGUGAAAUCCUCCAAACGACGAAAACCUACAUGCGAGAAUUGACAGUUGUGAAGCCGGAAUGGCUCGUGGAACUUGCACCGCAUUUUUUCGAGAGGACAUCGAUCGAUCCUAUUUAAGAAUUUAUCACGACGACAGUAUUUAUAUAUUGUGAAUAAAAUCGACCCAAAGUCGAGCUUUACUUUUUUAUUUUCAUGAA